GUCAUCCCCGCGCAUGCGUGCUGGGAGACUGCUGUCAUGGCUGCUGCACAACAACAACAUUAGCGCAUUAAAAGCUACAAUUUGAUACAUUUCUGAAGUAAAGAUAAUAACAACUCAAUUCGAAUUUGAAUCCUCAGCGGGAAAGAGACGGCCUCGAAUACAGUAAAAGGGAAAAGCCAUGUCUGGUGGGGACAAAGCACUUGGUUUGCAACUCCAGAUGCGUCAGAAUGCAGAAGACCUGCACAGCUUCAUGAAGGAUCUGGAGACAUGGGAGACGGACAUGAAGACGAAAGACGAGCAGUUGAAGAGAAGGGAGCUGGGGGGUGACCAGUCAAACCUCCCACCUGUGCGCAACAAGGACUACAAAGCAAAAAUGAGGGUGAAGAAGAGGAUGAAGAUGGCAAAUGGUGACCCCAAGGCCGAACAGACAACCAAAGCACCGAUGAGGAUAAAAGCGCAUGAUUACCAAUCGUGGGAAAAGUUUGACGUGGACAAGGCUCUGGCAGAGGUGGACAAGGAGGAGAACCAAUCAGACGCUGAGGGCGUCGCGUGUGAUCAGGAGAGAGCUUUAGCUGAGAAGGAAAAGGGUAACACCUUUUUCAAAGAGGGUAAAUACGACGACGCUGUAGAGUGUUACACCAGAGGAAUGAGUGCGGAUCCGUGCAAUCCAGUUCUUCCUACAAACCGAGCCACCAGCUUCUUCAGACUCAAAAAGUACGCUGUGGCUGAGUCGGACUGCAACUUGGCCAUCGCUCUAGACGGCAACUACUUCAAGGCGUACGCACGGCGAGGAGCGGCACGUUUGGCGCUGCAGAACUACGACGGCGCAUUAGAAGAUUACCAGACGGUCCUCAAGCUCGACGCCGACAACCUGGAAGCACAAAAUGAAGUGAAGAAAAUCAAACUGCUUCUUGGAUGUCAAGAGCCAGUCGCAGCGAGUGAGGAAACGUCCCUUCCGGAAGAUCCCACUUUGGACCAGGAGCAGCAAAAACUCCUGGGGGAGCAGCAGAGGCGACAGGAAGCGGUUGUCCAAAAAGACCGAGGUAACGCUUACUUCAAAGAGGGCAAGUACGAAGCGGCCGUGGAGUGUUACAGCCGAGGCAUGGAGGCGGACAACUUCAACGUGCUGCUGCCCGCCAACAGAGCCAUGGCCUUCCUCAAGAUGGAGAAAUUCAAGGAGGCUGAAGAAGACUGCACCAAGGCCAUCACUUUGGACAAGACUUACUCCAAGGCCUUGGCGCGCCGAGCCAUGGCACGAGUGGCGUUGGGGAAGCCGGAGGAGGCCAAGCAAGAUUUUCAGGAGGUGUUGAAGCUGGAACCGGGGAACAAGCAGGCCUUGAACGAGCUCCAGAAACUCCAAUUUGAUAGCGUUCCCGACGGCUUUCUGCAAACAUCCGGCCACAGGAGAACGGUGCAGCCCGUAGACAAAGCAGCUCAUCUGCGAUCCACAAAACCUUUGAGGAGGAUGGACAUAGAGGAGGUCAGUGGUAAGGUGGCGGUACCCCAAGUGCAGUCAGGCGGGCCACAGGAGGCGGCGAGGGACCCCGAGGGCGGUUCUGGCUCUGUGACAGACACCCAAAACCCAGAGCUGACAAGCACACAAAGCGAAGAGGAAACUGUCCAUCCUCCGCCCGUCCCGCUGCCUCCUCCAGCCUGCAGAAGUUUUCAGUUCGAAGCCGACCUCCGCACGAUUGGGAACCAGCCGGAAGUGGUUUACAGAUACUUGAAGCAAAUCAAGCCCGAGGCGUACGCACACAUCUUCCAGAGCUCCCUAGAACCCAACAUCCUGAGUCAGAUCCUGCAGACGCUGCGGGACUUCUACAUCCGGAACGAAGCCGCGGGCGUCACGAUGGACAUUCUGAAGAGUCUAUCGAGCGGGAGGCGCUUCGACACGGCCGUUAUGUUCAUGUCUUCCUCAGAGAAGAAAGUGCUUCAAGAAAUAUUCGACUUCCUGCUUCAAGCUGACCUGGACAAAUCAUCCGUGGCGUCCCUGCAGAAGAAGUACGGCGUGUGACCCGUGUAUUUACUCAGAUUAGGGUGCGUUCAGGGACACCAUGGUAUAGUAAAGCCCUACCGCACACCCCCAGUUGCUACAUUGAACCCAUCGUGAAAUAAAAAUGGAUUUUUUUAA